AUGUACAAAGCUCUAUUUUUGGCGAUUCUCUUCGGCGUUGUCACUGUAAGAGGCCAUGAUUACCACGACGUUUUCCGCCAUUUGACGAAAGCCGAGUUCUUGUCAAAUAUAAAACCGUCCGAAGUUGAUUGUGGUUUGUUAUGCCCACAAAUUGGGAUCGUGGACUGUGAUCCCGAAGGAAGUGGAGAAGAUACGGGAGGAUGCUAUGAACCUGAAAUCACUUACGCUCCACAAAUUAUACACUCACCAAGAAGAGUUUGCUGGACAGCAAAGGUUCGCUGCGAAGCUCGUGGAAGUCCACUACAGUUGCGGACUGAUGUAGAGGGAAUCACAUACAUCCAAGCAAUAUCGAACGAUCCCGAUCGAGCUCUUGAGAUGACCCUGAUCUGCAAUAAGAAUGGUCGCUAUGUUACGCGCCUCGGACGUCCAACCGAUGGCGUGUACUGCUUCGCGCCUGCUGCAGAGGCAACAACCGCUGCUGACACUGCAACAGAUGAGAUCGAUGAUGACGAUGCUUGACUCUGAAUGAAGAAAUAAAGUGACUGCCCUUUUACCUGUGUGGAAAUGAUCUGAUCUGAGAUUGACGUGAGCAAAUGUGAUUGGCUCAAGACUAAAUCUUUCAAAUCUAUUGAGUGUUUGUCUGAUGACUUAUCGCAG